CGCCUUGGCCGUGUGCACAUCUUUGGGCAGUAGCGUCCAGUGUUCCCAGGACAGCCGACGAGCGCAGCACUGCAUCAUGAGGUGGUUAACAGUUGCUGCUCUUCUGUUAUUUACCAUACUUGCCCUUGCAGAGGCAGGAGAUAUGAUGAGGAAAUCUAUUGUGUUUGACAAGAAAACUCCAGAUGUAUUUUACUGUCCACAACACAAACCAACAGGUUUUGAUAAAUUAAUAGUGAGGGCAAGACCUCUUAGUAAGCUGUGUGAACAUGGUGGGAAGGCAUUACCAGAUGAUUACAAGUCAGACUGUUACAAUGAUGUGGAUGAAUCAGAAUAUGCGUGCAAAGAAAAGAACCGUAUCAUGAUGAGGCUGCAUCCUCCAGGGAUGGAAAAAGCAGAACCAUACAAAAUAAGAGGAAAAAUCCUCAAGAAACCUUGAAAAUUGCAUCUUUCCUUUUGAAUUAAUUUAUUUACUGUGAAUGACUGGACUCUGUGAUUCUGUGGCUUUCCUUUACAAAAAACAGGAGGCUAACAAAAGUACUGAAAUACUACUUAUUUAUGACCUUUACUGGUUCUGUGAUGAUUGUAAUAUAAAAGUGACAGUAACAAAUUGAUAGGUGGGUGAAUAGGGAUUCAUGUUACACAUUUUGUUCAGUUUUGUUCUUCAAACUGAUCUGAUCCCUUUAUCUAAAAUACUUUGUUACAUCUAAUAUUAAUCAAGAUAAUAUUUCUAUUAAAAUUACUAGAAGAAGUCUGAUUUAAUACUGUUGCUUUUGCACAUUUUCAGAGAUAUGUACAAGUUUAUGUUGUGAAGUAACACUAUUGCACAUGAGAGAUUUAUCCUCACAGCUCUAAAAAUACAUGGUGACUGAAACACUAGAGAUUUAGUCUAAUGUUUAUUAAAAUGUUGUAUAAUUUUGCUUGCCAUUAUUUGUUAAUAAAAUACAGUCCUAUUUUUAAAAGACCAUUUUUAUAUCUAAUGUACAGAGAAGCUAUUUUCUUUCAAAACAAUGAUGAUAAUAAUAAAGGCAUUUGAACAUAACGUA